AACAAAUACACUUUUCUUCCGCUUACAAUUACAAAAGUACAUAGCAACAUGAUGGAAACGUUUUACCCAACGAGCAUGCACGCAUGAGUUAUUCCUUGCUCUGUGACAAUAUUUGAUGGAUAAGGUUAAGCUUAAGGCCCUUGUUGACGGGCUGGUUACUUCGGAGAAUGGGCGAGAUGAGGGUGUUUUGGCUGAGCUCCGUGGAAUGGUCGCCAGAGCAACUAGUAAACACAACUUUGAUCCUUCAAGCGUUAUAGAAACCAAGUUACUGCAGCUUUUGCUACAAAACGUCCUUCCGGACGGGGAGGCAUGCCAAGGUGCUGUGAGCGCAUAUGUUCGGCACCAGCAGCUCGCGGCGCUGGAGAUGCUAGCCGGUGACGACAAAGACGAGUACGGUCUUUUAUACUGGGCUUCAUCUAGAAGCGCACUUGCGCCAGUCGCGCUCAGCCCGGAGUGCGACGCGUUUGCCGUCAUCGCUGGCUUGUUGCAGUCCAUCUCCGAAAGCCCCUCAGAGCACAAACCAGAGUGCGGAGCUGUUCUCUCGGGCGCUGCACGGGCGUUAGUUCGCUUGGUGCUCCGUCCAGACGGUCUAUACUCAGCAUAUGCUGUGAGCGAAGAAUGCGUCAAACAGGCCGUCUCCGCCGGAGCUCUGCCGGCGUUGAUCAAUGCCCUGUCAUCCUACCUGGUCACCGCCCUCCUAGACGGGGGUGAUGGCGCUGACGGGCGCUCCACAGCAACUAGCGGCGGCAGCGGAGGCGGCAGCGGCCGUAUUCCGCAGGGGCCUGGCAGCUACAAACAAGCCCAUGCAAGGACGCAAUCCCAGCGGAGGCUCGACAAGCAGCAGAAGCAACAGGUGGCCAUUGUGUCUGUCGUACAUGCCGUACUGCAGUCGGUUGGGUACAUCUGCCAGUCGCUAAGCAGGGAGCAGCUCCGGGAAACGGGGUUGCAGGACCAGGUGCUCUCGCCGGCGUUGGCGGUGCUAUCAGGGCUGGCAGAGCAGCUGCAGGAAGCGGAGAAAGCGGCCGCUGCGGCUGCUGCCGCCGCCGCGGCAGCGGCGGCGCAGGCGGCCGCAGCGGCGGCCGCAGCUGCCAAGGCGGCUGCAUCCAAGCCGCGCGCAAUCGAGCACGGGACGGUCGCAAUCCAUGUCUCAUACAUUGGCGGUGACACCAACGCAGCCGGCAAUCAAGGAGCCAGUGCAGCAGCGAAGGAAAAGGUUCCUACGAUGCCUCCCGCGGCCACGCUGUCAGCAGUACUUGUACGAGGCCUGGACGGGCUCCUGAACUGCAUGGAGAGUCGAACGGAAGGCAGGGUGGAGCCGGUACGGCAGCAGCGCUUGCUAGCUGCCAUGAUGAGCAUGCCAGAUGGUACGGCGCCGCUACUGGAUCUCAUACGUGCGGUGAGUACGGCACUGGAGAAUCAGGCGGAGGAGCAGAAGGAGCAUGGUGUUGUACGACAUGCUGGGCUGGCGCAUGGGGGUGCUGUGGCGCCGACGCUUGGCGCGCAUGGCCAUGAGGACUCAGCCACGGCACGUGGGAAGCUGCACGGUGUACGACAUUCGUUGGAACCGUUCAAGGUGUUGUUCCAGCUUCAGACGUUGUGUCAGCAGAACAUUGCUAACGGUGGCGAAGGCGGCGGCGAGGCUGACGGCGGCGAUGAUGAAGGCGGCAGCGAGGACGGCGGAGCCCUGGCUGGUCUGGUUUCGGAGCUGUCUGACGUCAGCACCUCUGCCGUACGAGCGACGUUGAUGCCGACGCUGCUGGCACGUGGGGAGUUGCACCAAGCGGUUGACACAGCGGGGGCGUUGGAGGACCUCUUUCGGCAUCUGCCCUCUGCCGGUAAGUCGGCGCUGGCGGGGGUCCUGGCGGAGGCGGCGGCGCAGCCGGCGGCGCCACUGGGCCUCGUCGUUGCGGUGGCCGCCGCAGCCGGCGCCAUGACGACGGGCCAGGGCGCAUCGACGUCAGAGCACGCCGCCGGAAAGUCAGGAACCUCAGGGCCAAGGCAAAAGAAGCAACCGCAGCAGCAGGCGACGCCGUCAGCGGCAGCAGCCACGACCCCGGCGCCGACGGCUGCCAGCAGCAGCGGCGGCGGCGGCGCCGCCGCCGCCACCCCAGGGCGCUUCCCGGCUGCCGUACAAGCUGUACAGGCGGCAGCGUACUGCACUUCAUUGGAACAUGCGCAUUCUGUUGGCGGCGCCGACGACGGCGGUGCCAGCAGCGGCGGCGGCGGCGGCAGCCUCAUGGGUUCCCUGCCGGCGGCGGCCAUGGUGGGCCGCAUGCGUGAGCUAGCAGAGCACCACCGAAACCAAACCGGUAGCCAGUCGCAAAACGGCCAUACUUCCGCUGCUGCGGGUGAGGCGGCGGCAGGACGGGAUCACGCCGGCACGCAUGGGCAGGCUGUAGGUCUUGUAGAGGCAGUACUCGUAGGCCUGGCCGAGAACCUGCAGAGUUUCCUAUCGGCAGCGGCCGAGCUCCUGCCCUCCGCCGACGCCGCAGCGGCGGCGGCGGCGGGCGACGACGCCUCCUCCGCCACCAGUACCGGGCAUGUGGACGAG